UGGAGCAGAGCGCACGUCUCAUUCCAAUAGUACAUACCAAUCUUCCCAACCCAAGACUGUGUCGACAAACCCAAAUGUCCUUUUUAUAGUGAAUAUAUUUCAUGUAACACAUCUAUUGGCUGAUCAGAUCACAUUACAAUUAAUUAAUUAUAUGUAAUUGUAAUAAGUGUAAUAAGUAAUGAUUCGGUGUCCCAAUAUUAAGGUUUGCGCGCACAUUUUCCUCCUGUUGUACUGUAUUUGGAUAUCAGUGCUCCACUAAAUUUCACUAUGAUCCCGAGGAGUGGAUUACCUCCAGCGUAUUUUUUGGCACCACCGAAAAUAUCCAACUGCGCUUUGGUAAGAAAGAAAGCGAUAUUGCCUCGUGGAUUUUUAAUUUGACUGACAUUUGUCCAUGGAAGAGAACAAGGAAGUGGAACAUUGACCAAAAAACCAAGAGGAAUGAUUCGUCCCUUUGUUAAAAUUCUUACUGCUCUAUUUGCUUGUGUCUUCGAGGCUACCAACUUCAGGGCGAUCAGUGCUAAGGAGUAUGACACCAGGGCAGCAGGUCGAAGCUCUGCACUGACCAUGUCUCCCUCUGAUUUUCUGGACAAACUCAUGGGUAGAACGUCAGGCUAUGAUGCUCGAAUAAGGCCAAAUUUCAAAGGUCCACCCGUCAAUGUUACCUGCAACAUAUUUAUCAACAGCUUUGGUUCAAUAGCAGAGACUACAAUGGACUACAGAGUGAACAUCUUCCUGCGGCAGCAGUGGAAUGACCCCCGCCUGGCUUACAGCGAGUACCCUGACGACUCCCUGGACCUGGACCCCUCCAUGCUGGACUCCAUCUGGAAGCCUGACCUGUUCUUUGCUAACGAGAAGGGCGCCAAUUUCCACGAUGUUACCACCGAGAACAAGCUGCUGAGGAUCUUCAAGGAUGGCAAUGUGCUCUACAGCAUCCGGCUCACGCUCAUUCUCUCCUGCCCAAUGGACUUAAAAAACUUCCCCAUGGAUGUACAGACCUGUGCAAUGCAACUGGAGAGCUUUGGCUACACCAUGAAUGACCUGAUCUUUGAGUGGCUGAACGAGGGGCCUGUACAGGUGGCAGAAGGACUGACUCUGCCCCAGUUCAUCAUGAGAGAUGAGAAGGAGCUGGGAUACUGCACCAAACACUACAACACAGGCAAAUUCACCUGCAUUGAGGUGAAGUUCCACCUGGAGAGGCAGAUGGGGUACUAUCUUAUCCAGAUGUACAUCCCCAGCCUGCUGAUUGUCAUCCUGUCCUGGGUGUCUUUCUGGAUAAACAUGGAUGCUGCACCCGCCCGGGUGGCCCUGGGAAUCACCACAGUACUCACCAUGACGACGCAAAGUUCAGGGUCCCGGGCCUCCCUGCCGAAGGUGUCUUAUGUGAAGGCCAUUGACAUCUGGAUGGCCGUGUGCCUCUUGUUUGUGUUCGCUGCCCUGCUGGAAUACGCGGGCGUUAACUUUGUCUCCAGGCAACAGAAAGAGUUCCUCCGAUUGAGACGCAGACAAAGACAACAUCACAAGGAUGACGACAUGAGGGAGAGCCGUUUCAGUUUCACAGGAUACGGCAUGGGCCACUGCCUGCAGGUGAGGGAUGGAACUGCAGUUAAGACUACCGCGCCAAACCCCGCACCCCCUUCCCCAAAAGACUUGGAUACCACCAAGAAGAAAUUUGUGGACAGAGCCAAGAGGAUUGACACAGUGUCCAGAGCUGCCUUCCCGCUGGCUUUCCUCAUCUUUAACAUCUUCUACUGGAUCACCUACAAAAUCAUUCGGCAUGAGGACGUCAUCAAGGUGUAGCCACGCUGUCCGUCUGAGCCACACAGACAUCUGAGAAAAUAAACAAUCUUCAAAACAUCUCUUUAUUUGUUCUCUAUAUGCCUAGACUGUAUAGCGAGGCUAUGAGGAGCGUGUUAGUUUUUCUUAAGGAAUAGAGAAGGUGAUCUUUCAUAGUCAUCGACAAAAUGUACAUAUAUUCAGUAUAGUGAACAUAUAUUGGAAAAACGGAGCAUGUUUAUUAUUUAUGGUUAAUCGCUGGAUUUUUUGUUUAAUUAUACAUUAAGAGUACAUACUCUUUAGAGUUGAGAUGAGCUAACGUAUGUGGACCAAAUUUUAUAAUAUACUGCCUUUGUACUGUACUUACAUGAGAAACAUCGUGUUGGUUAAUGAAUAGCCUAGGGAGGGAUUUAGAAGGAAGUAGUUUUGUGUGGAAAAUGUUUAAUACUAUGUGGAAAUAUAAAUCCUACAUGAAUAAAAAAGUAUUUUGGUGAA